AUGGGAGACUACUAUUGUGAUCCCGAUAAGCCACAGACUGCGUUCAAGUCUGACUCGGUGCCAGUGAUGGAGGACAACCAUCCUGCGUCCACUAGCAACAGCUACCUCACAGAAAGCAACACAUACGAUGAAGAUCAUUUCCCGCACAGCCUCAGAAACUUUGAGCCUACAGCAGUCAGCUCAUACAAUGACGAGAAUACAACGGCUGCUGCUAUCAACGCUCAGGAAAGCUUCGCGAACCACAACUGCACGGAGCAUCAGUUGCCUUCAACUAGGGCUACAGACCCAUCUGCUGUUACCAUGAGCGGGAUGGCAUUCACGGCUUACGACACUAACAGCAUAACGCUGCCUUCCCAGCAACAUACGCAAGCUUGGACGCACCAGCCACAGCAAUCGGUUGCUCAUGGCGGGCAAUAUCUUCCAACCCCUUGCAGGAAAAUGGCACAGAACGCCUCAGGCACCAUUGGCGCAGACUUCUCAUCGCGGCAUAUUGUCCAUCCAGCCUUUUCAAACUCCAUCCUUCACAGAUUCGCAGUAAACAGGAUCCCCGACGCAGUCGACAAUCCCCAAGCACCAUCUAGUAAUCAUGGUCCUCAGAAUAAUGCCAUUCAAGUUCAGGCUUCAGAAAAUUCCAACACCUCGACUACCUGUACUCAGACACCAGGAGCGCAAUCCCAGAGUGCUCCCACGACCUCGAGGGGGAAGCGAAGACGCGAGGCGGGCCGUGAUCCGGGGCUACAAGGACUGAGGAAGGACCAGAAUACCGAUCUAUACUUCAACAGCAUUGCUGACGUCCUUGGCAAUGACAACUGGCAACGAUUUACCUGUCCUCGUCCCGAUGCAUCUAUACCGACAAAUCUUUCCGACCAGCAAGCGAAUGUGAAAGAGCUAGUUCGCGCAAUCAAGAAUGCGACGUCCGUGGUAGAGGCCCCAAGGAGUUUAGCUCGAUGGAAAUCCGAUGCUGCCUACUACGAAGACGCGCAUAUUGAGAAGAUGGCUUGGAGAUUGCUCGCCAAUACUGUGACGCUCCAUCAGUCCGGCUGGACCGAACCGAUUUAUGAUAAGCUCCUGAUGGGAACCAUCAAAGAGACGGCAGACUGGACUUUCAAAACUCGCAUGGAUGCCAUCAAAGAAGUUUUGACUUACUCCAAAGGCACUUGUGAGACCAUCCUCAAGGGCGAAAAGAUAUGGACUUUGAUAGGAGCGCCACACAGGCUGCGGUCGAGUACGCGUACCAACGGCCUUCAGAAUUUGAAAAGGAAGGAGUUGAUCGAUGAAGGAAGGGCGGCCAAAAGACUAAAGCAGGACUACGGGGACAUGGCUUCGCAAAGCGGUAAUGAUACCGCCACAGGCUCAGUUGACCAUCCAUCGGGAGGAACAAUACCGACGCCGCUUGGAGCCGCAUCUCAUGAUACAAGUGCAGCUCAAAAUAAGGGUAAGUCUGAUUCAAAAAUCAACGGACAAUCGCCUUCGGCGGCGCAGGGCUUGUCGCGGGACGCAAACAGCCCUGCAGCCUUGGUUUUUGAAUCUACUGGGUCAGUGGAUCCCAUGCAGCCAACAGUCACGGCUACCGUACCAACGUUGCAAAGAGCUGGAGAGCAGUCGUCCAAGAUAUGCAAAAGGUCUCUCAAACAAGCUACCAAGUCGAAGAAAGGCAGCACCUCUCGCGCCCAGGAGCGGUCGACUGAGAUAACUGAAGCACGGGCACCCUCACCUGACGACAGGGCGUCAUUGCGGGAUAUGGAUGUAACUGCCACUCACUCCGGUCCCUCCAAGGACCUGUCAAGUGAAGUCAGUUCUGAAGAGGAUGCAAAUGUUCCAGACGUUGCAAGGGAGUUCGAAGAAUUGGAUACGGUCGGGGUGGAGGAGACUUGA